CUGUUUGCGUUCUAUAAAUAGCCUACUGUUUACUGGGGGAUGCCUAGAUUUGUCAACCAAAUUUCAAUAUCUUGGUAGUGCCCUAGGCAACUGAAUUUUAACAAAAAUUUCCUAGCUGUUACAGUUGAGCUUUAUGGAGAGAAAUAUGAUUCAGAAGUCACAUGUGAUUAGAUGGGUGAAGUAUGAUGACAUGUUCUUAAUUCUGGGUAGUCGUAUAAGGAAAUUGUAAAUGCCCUCUGUUCACUGACAAGCUCUAUAAUUGCUGGUGUAAUUAUUUCUUUGUAAUGUUAAGUGGUAGGCAUAUGUCAACAUGCUUCCAAGUCUAUCUUAUGUAAAUGUAAGGGUACUUUCAAAUAAUUCAGACUAAUUUUGUUUCAACAAAUCAAUUUCAGAAUUGGAUUAUAAAUAAAAAAAGGAAAGAGAGCGGUAGAGUGUAUAAAAAAAACCAUUACAUAAAAGACUCUACUCAAUACAAUAAUUUUUGUAGAGACCAGAGCAAAAAAGGAAUAAAGGAUUUCAAGCUUUGGAGUAGGAACUGGGCAGAACUGUCUAGUCAGGAAAAAUUAGAAUAUAGAUACUCUCCAGUUCCUCUCAAAGACCAAUCCCCAAAUUAAAAAAAAAACACAUCAACAGCUUUAUUGAAACAGUUACAGGGAAUUUUAAUUAAACUAAGCGAUUGUGAUGUUGACAUUGCUGCUGCUGGAGAAAGGGAAGGAAACAUCAUUUUUGCUGGCUCUAACAGUAGCAAAUUUCUGAAAUAUUUGGAAAAUAGAGAGGAUGAAUUUGUCAACUCGCUACUUUUAAAACCGGGAAAGGAUGCUGAAGAAUCAUGUACAAAACAGCUUAGAAAACAGGUACAAGAUCAUAUGAAUGCUCUAUAUGGAAAAGCUACAACAUCUUAUCAAAGAUUUCCAUAUGAGAGAGUCAAACGGGGAGAAAUAGUUGUAGAUGGUUUCCCACAGGAAGUAAAGCCGAUUCAAGUACCAUCUAGAUAUGGCAGGAAGAAAUUAAAUUUAAUUUUAUCUGUUCAAGAAAUAUCUGUGAAGGAAACUGAACCAUCACGAACAACAGCACCACCCCUAACAACAGCACCACACAUAACAACAGCACCAAACCUAACAACAGCACCAUACCUAACAACACAUCCAUUAACAACAGCACCACACAUAACAACACAUCCAUUAACAACAGCACCACACAUAACAACACAUCCAUUAACAACAGCACCACACAUAACAACACAUCCAUUAACAACAGCACCACACAUAACAACACAUCCAUUAACAACAGCACCACACAUAACAACACAUCCAUUAACAACAGCACCACACAUAACAACACAUCCAUUAACAACAGCACCACACAUAACAACACAUCCAUUAACAACAGCACCACACAUAACAAAACAUCCAUUAACAACAGCACCACACAUAACAACACAUCCAUUAACAACAGCACCACACAUAACAACACAUCCAUUAACAAUAGAACCACACAUAACAACACAUCCAUUAACAACAGCACCACACAUAAAAACACAUCCAUUAACAACAGCACCACACAUAACAACACAUCCAUUAACAAUAGCACGACCCAUAACAACACAUCCAUUAACAAUAGCACCACACAUAACAACACAUCCAUUAACAACAGCACCACACAUAACCACACAGAUGCUUACUGCAGAUCAGAGUAAUAUAGAAUAUGAAGUAGAGUGUAUAGUUAAAAAAAGAAAAAAAAAUCGAAAGGUUCAGUACCUCCUACACUGGAAGGGUUAUCCAUCUUCUGCCGAUUCUUGGGAAGAUGAGGAACAUUUGAAUGAAACCUUAAAAAAAUCAUUGAAAAUUAAAAAAAACAAAACAAGUAAAUAAGUGACUAAAUAUGCAGAACAAUAUAUCAAUUUUAGACAUAUGAACAGUUUACACCAGAGUUAAUCCACUCAGCCUGUGUGAUCUACGACAUUAUACAUUAUAUUGUAUAAAUUAUUAUUUGUAUCCAUUUCAAAAGUUAACACAAGUAAGGUUUCACAUGAAAUACCAGUUUUGUGGUUAAUUCUAUAUAUUUGUUUGUAAAUUUUGUAUAAAAUGCUGAGAAAAUCAGUAUAAAAAAAUAUAUAUAUAUGUUUUUAUGUUUUAUUAAUAAGUUCAACUUAUUGUUAGCAAAGUCUGAAUUAUGGAAUCAAUAUUGUUUUAUAAGCAGUUUAAAUUUUCUUUAUGUUUGAAAAUUACAUUCAUAUAAUAUAUCAAUUUUAGACAUGAACAGUUUAUACCAGAGUUAAUCCACUCAGCCUGUGUGAUCUACGAAACUUCCCAGGUUGACUAACUUUGAUAUCAACCUCUUUAGAAGUCAAUAUAACUCUUACGUUACAAUAUAAGUGACUAAUGGAUUCAUUUGUUAGGUUGUAUAAAAACACCUUAUAUCAUGGACGUGCAAAAGUGAGUGAAUUCUGGAUAUGUGGCUGUGUUGAAAUAUUCAACAUUUUAUGAAACAAAUCUUGCUUCGUUCAGAGGGGGUCAAUGCGAUCAUGACUGCUUCGUUUGGAACAAAUGCUGAUUUUCAGUCACAUGAGUUGAUGUAGUCGAUCAGCAUUUAUUCAAAUUUAUUGCUUCGUUUCAAGAAGGGGGUCCAGGGUGAAACGAAGCAAGCUCUGUUUUGUAAAAUGCUGAAUAUUUUGACACCGCCCCUAAGGCGACUGUGCUUUGGAUUUGUUACUCAGUUAAAAUAAGAGAGAAGUAUUCCAUGGAUUAGGUUUUCACAAGGUCAUAAUAACUCACCCUUCCCAUCGAAAGACGUCAUGGACAACAUAAUAGGGACAUGUUUUAUAAUGUGUAAAAACUUUACAUCUUUGCUGCAUCUGACUUUUUGCUAUAAUUUGCUUAAUGUUUUGGAUGAAUGGAAAUUUCUGCUAUAGGUUCAUAAAUAGAUAGACAUUAUACAUUAUAUUGUAUAAAUUAUUAUUUGUGUCCAUUUCAAAAGUUAACAGAAGUAAGGUUUCACAUAAAAUACCAGUUUUAGUGUGGUUAGUUUUAUGUAUUUGUUUGUAAAUUUUGUAUAUAAUGCUGAGAAAAUAAGUAUAACAAAAUAUAUAUAUGUUUUUAUGUUAUUAUAUCAAUAAGUUCAAUUUAUUGUUAGCAAAGCCUGAAUGAUAGAAUCAAUAUUAUUUUAUAAGCAGUUGAAAUUUUCUUUGUUUGCAAAUUACAUUCAUAUAAUAUAUCAAUUUUAGACAUGAACAGUUUAUACCAGAGUUAAUCCACUCAGCCUGUGUGAUCUACGAAACUUCCCAGGUUGACUAACUUUGAUAUCAACCUCUUUAGAAGUCAAUAUAACUCUUACGUUACAAUAUAAGUGACUAAUGGAUUCAUUUGUAAGGUUGUAUAAAAACACCUUAAAUCAUGGACGUUCAAAAGUUAGUGAAUUCUAGAUAAGGGGCCGUGUCGAAAUAUUCAACAUUUUAUGAAACAAAUCUUGCUUCGUUCAGAGGGGGUCAAUGCGAUCAUGCCUGCUUCGUUUGGAACAAAUGCUGAUUUUCAGUCACAUGAGUUGAUGUAGUCGAUCAGCAUUUAUUCAAAUUUAUUGCUUCGUUUCAAGAAGGGGGUCCAGGGUGAAACGAAGCAAGCUCUGUUUUGUAAAAUGCUGAAUAUUUUGACACCGCCUCUAAGGCGACUGUGCUUUGAAUUCUAUAUAUUUGUUUGUAAAUUUUGUAUAUAAU